AUGGAACAGUACUCGUCGUUGAGUUCUAACGGUCUCUUUUUACUUAUCGCUAUCCUUGUUAAAUUAAAAGAACUAAAAAAAAAAAAAAAAGAAAUUCUUCCAACGCCAACCUUUUCUCACCUGCGUAUGUGUAUCAUGUCAAAUCAGACAUUGCUCUUACGACCAACUUUCUAUCAAACUAAAUUGUUGUCCCCUAAAUUACCGUAGUAGUAUCAAUUCUCAGUUUUUUGUACGUCUUAACCAACGUCGAACCUUCAUUGGUUUUCAUACAGAUUUCAUUUCUUUUCAGGGAAAUUAUACGCGGUAUUCGGUAAAAGACAAGGCCGUGUGGUUUCCGCGGAGAGCGCUCUUGGAUUCGGCGGUCAAUUUCGCGUGCUUGCCACUCUACCCGUGCCAGAGAGUUUUCAACUUGCCAGCGAACUACGAACUCAGACAUCCGGCCUGGCUAGUCCUCAAUUGAUUUUCAGCCAUUGGGAGGUAAAUAGCGAGAACAGAGCUAAGAAAUAUAUAGACGCGGUCCGCCGUCGUAAAGGUUUACCUGUGGAUUCUCAAUUGGUCACGCACGCAGAAAAACAACGAACUCUUUCCAAGAAUAAAUAA